GAAUUCCUCGAAGUAGCCAUCCACUACAUCCUCUACAUCCGCUCCGUGUACCCCGCCGAACUCUUCUCCCCCCGUCGCAAAUACAACGUCCCAGUGCGCAUGUCGCGACACCCCGUGCUAAACGGGUACAUCCGCGAUGUCCUCUCGGGUCUAACCCCCGACCUUCAACGCGGCACCGUCUCGAAACUCUAUCUGGUCAUCCACGACCCACGGACGAAACAGCCCUACGAGAAAUUCACGUUCCAGAUCCGGACGCUGACGGAGGGGCUGAGCGAGAGCAUGUUGAAGAACGCGGAGAGUAGUAUUGGGGUUGGGGAUGUGGAGAGGCAUUUGCGCGCGUUUUUGCUCAAGAUAUCGGUGUGUGAUGCGUUGCUGGCGCCUAAUCCGCCCGACGCGGCGUUUGCGAUUCUGGUGGAGUUGAGUGAGGAGGCGAAGGGGCCGGUCAAUGAGUUGGCGAAGGCGGCGCCGUGGAUUCCGAGCGACCCGGGGCAGGUGGAUGUGAGCGCUGCCGCGAUUGUGCCGUUGAAGACUAUGGAUGCUGGGAUAUUGAAGAUGCAGCUUUAUGUGGAGGAAAGUGCGGAGAAAGGCGAGGCAAGGGAUGUGGAUUUGGGGAGUGGGAGUGGGGGUUGA